AUGGCUGAAGAUGGGUAUGAUUUAUCGGACUCAAAUGCUCGGCGGUCAAGAGCCUCAGAAAACAACUCUUGGGCUCAUCAAACUCGGGAGCCACCCAACGCUACUCAUGCUGAGCGUGAUAGCCCGCGUCCAACAAAUCGUGAUCGCUACGAAAAUAAGCCAAUGCCAACGCUCCCUUCGGAGCCACCAGAUCCCAACCUCGAGUCAUAUAGGAGACCCUACAUCCAGCCAACAGUUUCAGUUGUAGAUCUCACGCUCCAGCCUAGAAAUCGGGCUACUACAGACCCGGCAGGUCCCUCGGGUGCGAAGACCUUGUUCGGUGGACGACGACCAAGCAUGACCCACCUUCGCAAAAGGUUUGGUCAUUCGAAGAACACCUCGAUAGAUGAAAGGCAGCAACAAUCAUCAGCAAUCCCCUUUCCCGUGGGCAAAGCUGCUCAAGUUCUAGGAGUCGCUUCAGAGAAAAUGCCGGGACGAAUGGCGCUUGCUUCUCCGGGCCUGGCAGACGAUCACAUUGCUGACGAAGACCAGAGACGCGAAGAGGAUUUUGGCGUGCAGCUAGAAGCUGAAAAUUCAAACCAGGCUGCGUCAACGGAGGCUGGUUGGCAUACGAGAGAACACAGUCAAGACACUGUCUGUGCAAAUCCAAAACCCUCGAGAAGUAUCGGGGUUGCGUCUGUCCACGAAGCCGGAGACAUUACAUCACCUUCUCCGCAAGCUCAUCAACUCAGUACUCUUGAAACAAAACGUCUUGCACCGCCAAAGGUAGCAAACUUUGGCAAAAUUGGAGACAAGGGGUUUGUCCAAGAUCCGGGACUAUUCAGAAUCGAAAGCGUACAAGGAAUAAUAGAGCAUGCUGAAUCCUCCGUGAAUAGCCACGUAGGAGUGGAUCACCAUGGAAACAAUUAUGAAGGUGAACAUAUGCAUCUAGCAAAGAAGGUCACCUUACCGUCAAUCUCCUGCGUGCCAAGUAGCUACAAUGGUAUCUGGGAGAAUGAUCCCGCUGUCGGCUACUCGCUUCCUCCAUUUAGUCCAAUGUCUCAGAACCGGCGUGGAGGAAACCAUACAAGCACAGGCAUGCAGCUCUCUAAAGGCAUUAGCGCACCGCCCACGCCGUCAGUAUACGAUGACCACCCGGCCUACGAAGAGCAAAUCAAUGCAGCAUCUCAAGCUUCAACUACAACGCGUUCAUUGGUAGAGGGUAUUAUCCCUUUGAGUUCCUUCACGUCGCCUCAAAUCGAUCAAUCUACAAACCACCAAGGAUUUGGCAUCAAUAAUUUCAGGCCUUACCUUGGCUCAGCUAAUUCCUGGGCAACAAGUUCGAAAGAAGGAUCCUUUACAUUUGAUAAUGGUCUGCCAUCUGCGAUCCUCCCACCCCGCUGGCCUGACCAUCAUAUGACUAAUGCCGUGCCGUCUCCUCCACAUACUAGACAAGAUUAUGAGCGUCCUGGUUCCUUAGCUGCUGGGCUUUCGCGAAUGGACAUGACAAUCCAUCAUCAUCUCAAUACCGCUUUUGGCUCAUUAUCGCGGCAAAUCGAGGAGAAGCAUGACAAGGUCCUUGACCGGGUCCUCGGAAGAUUAGAUAGUAUUGAGGACGAUAUCACUAAAAGCUUCAAAACCAUGAAAGGAGAGAUCAAAGCCGUCGGCACCGAGAUUGGGAAGAUGAAGGCAACCGUCAUCAAUUUGAGCUCUGGUAGCGAGAUCAUGGCAGAGACGUUACGAAGUUUGGAGAAUAAGAUGGAGGCACUAGACAAGGUGAUGGAAACCGAUCAUCAACAGCUGCUACAUGAAUUUAAAAAGGAGAGCGAGCGCCAACGUCAGCAUAUGGCAAGUAGAGAUGAAAGUCCAAUGACGAGUGAUGGUGCUCAACCGCAACAGCAAGGUCUGGGUCGUACUGCAAGCAGAGUCCGCCUCGGCAAAACAAGCAACAAGAACAAUCGAUCGAAUAUUUCUCGCAGUCAGCAGGCUGGUGGAACAAGUGACGAUAGAGAAAAUGGGGCAGAACCUCACGUAGACAUGAGGGCCUUACCAGGUCCACCUGAUAUUCGCAAUCAUCCGGCGUACGCUGGGAUACCACAGCCCCAAAUGCAGAUGUACGACCAACAUGGCGUUCCUGUCGGGACCAAUUAUCCUCCAGUGCUCCCUUAUGGCUCGCAACAUUUUGGUGAUGACAUUCAACCAAAGAGGCAGAGACCUAGCGCUGUGUGGAAGAGAGUCGAGUGCGAGAAGAUCAUACAGACCCCUACAACCUCAGAGGUCGAUGCAAUUUGUAGAGAUCAAAAUGUAUCAAGCUUCGUCCCAUCCGUUGCUCUUCCUCGAGAAGUCAGCUCCGAAUCUGCCAACGACCUCGCUGCGCCUCCACAACUUCAGAGCCAAGUCACCAUGUCAGUGGGUGCUGAGGGCGGCAAGCAUGUGGCAGCGUCGCGCUCUAAAAGUAAGCAGACCUUGGAGAUAAAGUCGAACGCAGGAAGAGAUGCAAAAGUUUGCACUGGACGGGUCGGAAGACAGGAGCCUCGAAGGCUCCACCUCACAAGAGUUUCAGACAAAGAUGCGCCCAGACUCACUCCGAAGCAUGCAAAGCAUCGUAUCGAUCGUUUGGCUGUGUUUGUGGAGAAGCUGGAACGGCGGCAUGGCGCUACUGAUGCUUCUCGCGUCCUGGAAAUGCUGGGAGAAUCUGUCCAACAUGAAAAUGAAAGCGGGAACGAACGAGUUGGACGUUCAGCCCACCGGAAACGUCCAGCCAUGAAGGCCACCAAGGUUGCGCGUGAAGAAGGCGUGAGGUCACAUGCUUUUGACAUGACGAAGACUUUCUGCGAUGGAAAGUUCAAGAAGCUACCUAAUCAGUGGGACAUUGGGUCCGAGGAGCUUGCAAGAUACCUGCAAACCGUUGCUUUAGAAGAAUCAGCACUCAGGCCAAACGAAGAACACCCGUCACCUGGCAAGCCGAUCUUGAAAUUCCCGCCAAAGCGUCCCCCGCCUCGCAAAGACACUGCGAAGAGACAAGGUGACGCGAUUGCUCGCGAGUCGCCUAUUGAGAAUGAGAAUAAUACAAUCAAGUUGGACGAAUGCGAUUUUGUUUUUGACACUUAUGUCAAAGCUGACCCGCCCGAGAUGAAAGAUCGUCCACAAAGUAGUGCAGAACUUUUUCUCACUGAGAUUGACAUGGACAAGGUGGGCAUUUUGAUAAUCGAAGAUGAAGAAGAAGUUCUAUGGGAGGCCUUCGGUGAGGUCGACGACAGCGAUGCGGAAUGGGAUAGCGAGCAAGACGAUGAAAACGGUUUGACCUCGCUCCCCAAGUCUCAAAUAAUGUCAAGACUAAGCAUCUUCCUAGCUGAAAGCUACUUUGGGAACGAUUAUCCUGACGAAGAGGUCAAGUCUGAUGACAUGGACGCAUGGUCGCGUAAAAACUAUCGCCUCGAUUCCGACGACGAAGAUUCCGACGACAAUCGCGUACUGUAUUCCGACGACGAUAUUGCCUAA